CGAGGCUCCAGCCCGGCCGGGCUCCGAAGCAAGGGGCUGCAUGGAGCGGCCGGCGCGGCUCUACGGGCUGUGGGCGCUGCUGCUCUGCGCCGGUGGCGGCAGGGGCGCCGCGCCCACAGAAACUCAGCCACCUGUGACGAAUUUGAGUGUCUCUGUUGAAAACCUCUGCACAGUAAUAUGGACAUGGAAUCCUCCAGAGGGAGCCAGUCCAAAUUGUAGUCUAAGGUAUUUCAGUCAUUUUGGUGACAAACAGGACAAGAUUAUUGCUCCAGAAACACAUCGUUCAAAGGAAGUACCCCUAAAUGAGAGGAUUUGUCUGCAAGUGGGGUCCCAGUGUAGCACCAAUGAAAGUGAGAAGCCCAGCAUUUUGGUGGAAAAGUGCAUUUCACCCCCUGAAGGUGAUCCUGAGUCUGCUGUAACGGAGCUCCAAUGCGUUUGGCACAACCUGAGCUACAUGAAGUGUUCAUGGCUUCCUGGAAGGAAUACAAGUCCUGACACUAACUAUACUCUUUACUAUUGGCACAGCAGCCUGGGGAAAAUUCUUCAAUGUGAAAACAUCUAUAGAGAAGGUCAACACAUUGGUUGUUCCUUUGAUCUGACUAAAGUGAAGGAUUCCAGUUCUGAACAACACAGUGUUCAAAUAAUGGUCAAAGAUAAUGCAGGAAAAAUUAGGCCAUCCUUCAAUAUAGUGCCUUUAGCUUCCCGUGUGAAACCUGAUCCUCCACAUAUUAAAAAUCUCUCCUUCCAAAAUGGUGCCUUAUAUGUGCAGUGGAAGAAUCCACAGAAUUUUUUUAGCUCAUGCUUAUCUUAUGAAGUAGAAGUCAAUAACAGCCAAACCGAGACACAUGAUAUUUUCUACGUUGAAGAGGACAAAUGUCAGAAUUUAGAAUUUCAGAGAAACAUGGAGGAUACAAUUUGUUUCAUGGUUCCUGGUGUUCUUCCUGAUACUUUUUACACAGUCAGAAUAAGAGUCAAAACAAAUAAGUUAUGCUAUGAAGAUGAUAAACUUUGGAGUAAUUGGAGUCAAGCAAUGAGUAUAGGUAAGCAGCCCAAUUCCACAUUCUAUAUAACAAUGUUACUCCUCAUUCCAGUAAUCGUUGCAGGCGCCAUCAUAAUACUUCUGCUUUACCUGAAAAGGCUAAAGAUCAUUAUAUUCCCUCCAAUUCCUGAUCCUGGAAAGAUUUUUAAAGAAAUGUUUGGAGACCAGAAUGAUGAUACCCUGCAUUGGAAGAAGUAUGACAUCUAUGAGAAGCAAUCCAAAGAAGAAACUGACUCUGUAGUGCUGAUUGAAAACCUGAAGAAAGCUCCUCAGUGAUGGGGAUAAUUUAUUUUUACCUUCAAUGUGACCUUGUGAGGAUUCAUCACAUUCUCCCUUUCUUAUUUGGGGACUUGCUAAAUGGAAACUGAAACUACUGGAUCCUUUAAAAACAGGCAGCUCAUAAGAGCCACAGGUCUUUGUGUGUGUCAUGCACCGAAAAACUAAAAAUAAUAGGCCCUUUGGAGAAAAGAAUGGAGUCAUUGAAUGAUAAAAGCAGACAUCCUUUGCAAAGUCUUCAAACUAGGGGACAAAGCAAAAAGUCAUGAUGGCAGUAGAAUUAACCUUAUGAAGAGUUGUGACAACUUCCUAAGGAUCUAGCUUGCCUUGUAUUUUUUUUUGUGUCAGAUAACCCUGAGAAAUUUUAUUUGUGAGGGAACUCAUUUUGGGUAUAAGUGCUAAUAAUGUUGAACUUGACUCACAGAGAACAGCUAACAAACAAAAUCGUUACAAUCUGGCAUCUGUUUUUUUUUUUUUUUUUUGAGAUCCCAUUGAGUAAUGUUUGUGACUAUUAAAACUCCUAACAGUCUAGAAUCAUCAUCCACUUCAAUAGCAUUUCCCUCUACUUUGAAAACCCCAGAAAGGAGUGUUGGCCAUGAUGAUGACAAUGACAAAAAAGUAGACGCGACUUCUUUACCAAGAUCAUUCAGGCUUUUAAGGGCAGUGGAGGCAGAAUGACCCAUGGCAUAUUAGUCUGAACCAAGAAGUCUCUUAUGAUGUAUUUUUUCUUUACUUCUGCUGCCCAAAUCGAGUAUUAACUAUGCCUCUAGCUUAGCUGUGAGGGAUGUACCCCCCAAUAAGUUUACAAUCUAGUUGGGAAUCCUUAGUUUUUGCCACUUUCUUUAUCUCCCACCAGUCAUUUCUGAGACUUUUCAAUUCCCCAGCUCCCAGGCCAAUUUCCCUUUUUCCUUCUCCCUCAUUCCCUUCCUUGUAGCCUUUUGAUGUUCAUUGGAAAUUUGGAUAUACAUCUGCUCGAAACACCUAGAGGAGAAGGGAACAAUUUGAAUCUCAGGUGCAGUGUGAGUUGACUGAGAAAUAAUGAGUAGUUCUUAUAUAUUUUGUAAAUUUUAUGUGAGUUUGCAGUUUGAGGAUUUUCAGCAUUUGAUGUUUAUGCAUUUUCUAAACAGAGAUGAGAUAGUAUUUUCACUUAGAACUUGGCUUGAGAAAAACAUAGUUAUAUCUGUCUCUGUUUCUUUACAAGAUGGACCCUAGGAUUUCUUUUCCCUGACACAAAUAAUAAAGUAGAAUUUGUGUGCUGUAUUGAUAGCCAGCCAUCCAAGGCUUCAAUGUAUAUACUCACUUUUUUUUUUUUUUUUUUUGCGUAUGUUAGGGUUCCAUUUCCCCCCAUUCCCACAACAUAUGCAUAUGUACUCUUCCUACUUCCUCCAAAUUUGAAGAAUUUUGGGAAAUGAUAGAUAUUCCUCUGUUUUCUCUCAAACAUACAGACUCAGAUUAUUGGUAGGAACUUAUGAACUUUAUAUCACAAAUUCCCCAAACAUUUGCCAUUUCGUGUUAAUAAGACGAAGCUUUUUGGGAUUCCUGCUCUUAGGGCAGGGACAUAAAAGACCCCUUCUCUCCACAGGUUUGGGCAAAAGUAGCAAUCUGUGUCCAUGGUAGUGGAGGAGAACUGUGCCCUGGCAUCUUUCAGGAAACUGGGGUACAUAGCACUGGUAGAUAUGAAGGUGUUUCCUCCCUAUGAUUUUGUUUUGGAAUUCAGAUUGAUGCUGGGACACAGGUAUGGUAGAUCAUUCACUUUCUCCUACUAUACACUAGAAAGAAUAUUUGGUGUUGUCAUAUAUGAAUGAGAUGACUUCCUAGCUAGGUCUUUGUAAUUCAGGGAUGCAAAACACUUAAAUGCCUCACCCAAAGCCUACUUUACUGGUAGCCUAUUUUGAUGGCAAUGAGGAGGAUGCCUUGAAAUAACCAAAGAACUACUGGUGCUGAUAGUCAUGCAGCCUGGGAGUGGGGAAAAUGUAUUUUGUUUCCAUCCUUCCCUGUUAACAGUAAAAUAGUUGAGGCAGGAGGGGACACUAAAUUAUGGGAACACCUAGAGUUUUGCAGUGGCUAAAUAAUGAUCCCUAGAUCUUAGGAGCUCUUGGAGACAUCAGUAUUUCACCAGCAGGAAACUAGUAGGUUCAUUUACUAUUUUGUCUCACCUCUAUGGAUUUUUUUCCCUAUAGACAGACCUAAGUAAACUCAUUGUUAAGAUGGUCAUUUGCCUUCUUUCAUUCAGAUAAGUUUUUUUUUUUUUCUGUAUCUGGGCACUAAACGGAUACAUGAACCAUUGUUAACAUUUUGGGUAAUAUCUUCAACUAGAAGUCAUUUUUGUUUAACCUCUUAUAGGAAAAUUUGAGUAAAAUAAAUAUUCAUUGUCUUUUUGUAUAUUAA